AUGGAAGCUGUUAGGAGCGUCGAUCUUGUGGACGAAAACACCAACGUUGUCCAAACCAACGUCAUCAAACAUGUUGAAGCAAUGACGACGAGCCAGAACAGGGUUCAUUGGUUGCUCCUCCAAAUUCCACAGACGCACACCCUCUUUGGUCUCAACUGCUCUUGGCUUAUAUUCUCAUCUACCCGCAUAGUCAUUCUCACCAUUCUUCGCAGAUCACGUAACAUUUGGGAAGAGAAGAAGGAAAGUCUGGUUUUUGGUUCGUGGGGUGGUUUCGAAAUGGCCUCAUUCUCGGUCCCAUGCCCCAAGUGCCCUUCUACUUCUUCUCCCUUGUUGGGGUUGAAAGCCCAACAGGUUCCAUUUCAAAGUGGGUCCAGCUUCAAGCCUUUUCUGUCAGUCAGAAAUUUGUCUGCUGAAUCUGCAUCAUCUAGGAUUCAGUGUUCUAACAGGAAGCAAUUUUCUGUUCUGAAGGUUUCUAAAGUUGAAAAUGCUAAUUCUAAUUCUGCCCCUGUAAUGGUCAAUGGACCUAAUGUUGCUUCAUCAAAAGAAAAAGAAGUGGUCAAUGGAAAACGCUCUGGCACUGUUGCAGAUGAAGCUGCAGUUACUGCAUUCAUGUCUCAAGUUUCAGACCUUGUAAAACUCGUUGAUUCAAGAGAUAUUGUAGAACUUCAACUUAAGCAAUCAGACUGUGAGCUCAUGAUAAGAAAAAAAGAAGCACUGCAGCCUCCACCAGUUAUAGCCUCAGCAUCACCGCCUCCAAUGCAGUAUGCCACAUUUCCGCCGCCACCAGCCCCAGAAGCUGCUCCUACUAGCUCAUCACCUCCAAAACCAGUACCUGCCUUGCCUUCCCCUGGAAAAGCAAGCUCAUCUUCUCAUCCACCUCUGAAAAGUCCGAUGGCAGGAACUUUCUACAGGAGUCCAGCACCUGGUGAACCUGCAUUUGUCAAGGUGGGUGAUAAAGUGAAGAAAGGACAGGUUCUUUGCAUUAUUGAGGCUAUGAAACUGAUGAAUGAAAUUGAGGCUGAUCAGUCAGGAACAAUAACUGAGAUAUUGGCCGAGGAUGGGAAACCAGUCAGUUUAGACACGCCUCUUUAUGUAAUCGUUCCUUGA